ACGUAAAUUAGGGCACAAUUUCCUGCCCUCAGUGCUGAGCACGUUCCUUCCGACCAUAUAGCGGCCGCCAUUGGACCCCUCACCUCAACCAAAGCGUGUCCCUUUCUUUGGUCAAACAUUCCGCACCAAAUACCAAACCCCUUCUUUGAAUCAUUCUCCUCUCCAUUACAGAAUUUAAAAGAAGGUUGAGGCUUUGAUUUCUUGCGUCAAAUCAUUGAUUCAUUUCGUCGAAGGGGUGUGUAUAUAUUGGGUGAAUCCCAUCCGCGGCCGGUGCCGGUUUCGCAUUGGGUUUUUGUUGUUUCUCUGCGAUUUGAUCUGGUGAGGGGUUUCUGGGAUUAGGAGCCGCAUUUUUGGUUUUCUUGUUUAUGCCAAUGGCGGCUGCGGUGGGGGGUUUGACGAUGGGAUUUGCCCGUCCGAGUGUUGAAUCUAUUGCCCCUUCGACAUCGUAUGCUGCUCCAGUGCGUGUGUUUUUCAAGCCCUUGAAGGGUAAGAGAGUUGUGUUGCGGGGAGGAGGUUAUUGGGGUCCUAGGUGCGAGAUCGAUCCCAAUUCCAAUUCGGUUCGAAGGGAUCAGAUUGGUUCGAGUGCGCCUGGGCUUUCGGCUCUUGAAUUGCUUAAGACGUCUUCAGUUGAUAGAUAUACAAGAGAAAGGAGCAGUAUUAUGGUGAUUGGGCUUAAUGUUCACACUGCACCAGUUGAGUUGCGUGAGAAACUUGCCAUUCCAGAAGCUCAAUGGCCUCAUGCCAUUGGUGAACUCUGUGCUCUGAAUCAUAUAGAAGAAGCUGCUGUUCUUAGUACUUGUAAUCGGAUUGAAAUUUAUGUCGUAGCGUUGUCGCAGCAUCGUGGGGUUAAAGAAGUGACAGAAUGGAUGUCCAAGAGAAGUGGAAUUUCUGUUUCAGAGCUUUGUAAGCAUAGAGUUCUGUUAUACAAUAAUGAUGCAACUCAACAUCUCUUUGAAGUUUCGGCGGGUCUCGACUCUCUUGUUCUUGGAGAAGGUCAAAUCCUAGCUCAAGUGAAACAUGUGGUAAAAACAGGGCAAGGAGUAGCUGGUUUUGACAGAAAAAUUAGUGGAUUGUUCAAGCAUGCAAUCAGUGUCGGUAAGCGGGUUAGAACCGAGACAAACAUUUCCUCCGGGUCAGUUUCAGUCAGUUCAGCUGCUGUGGAGCUUGCACAGAAGAAACUUCCAGAAUCUUCAUAUGCUACUGCAGAAGUGAUGGUAGUUGGUGCAGGAAAAAUGGGGAAACUUGUGAUCAAACACUUGAUUGCAAAAGGAUGCAAGAAAAUGGUGGUUGUGAACAGAACUCAGGACAGUGUUGAUGCUCUAAGCAUGGAACUCAAAGAUGUUGAGAUAAUCUACAAACCCCUUUCAGAGAUGUUAGCAUGUGCUGCAGAGGCGGAUGUCAUCUUCACCUGCACUGCUUCGAAAACGCCCUUAUUCAUGAAAGAACAUGUAGCUAAGCUCCCCCUUGCACGUACAGAACUAGGAAGGCGUCUAUUUCUUGAUAUAUCAGUUCCAAGGAACGUCGAGCCAUGUGUAUCAGAUCUUGAGACCGUAUCCGUUUUCAAUGUGGAUGAUCUCAAGGAAGUUGUGGCUGCUAACAAGGAGGAUAGACUUCAGAAAGUUCAGGAAGCUCAGUCAAUAAUCGCAGAAGAAAUAAGAAAAUUCGAAGCAUGGAAGGAUUCCCUUGAAACUGUUCCUACCAUCAAGAAGUUUAGAGCUUAUGUUGAGAGGAUCAGGGCCUCUGAACUGGACAAAUGUUUGUCCAAGAUGGGUGAAGACAUCCCAAAGAAAAAGAAAGUAGCCGUUAAUGAUCUUAGCUUGGGUAUAGCUAACAAACUACUUCAUGGUCCAAUACAGCACUUGAGAUGUGAUAGCAAUGAUAGCAGAACGUUGGAUGAGAUACUUGAGAAUAUGCAUGCUAUUAACAGAAUGUUUGAUCUUGAUACAGAUUUGUCCGUCUUGGAAGAGAAGAUUAGAGCAAAAGUUGAACGUGGCCAGAAGUAGGUUUGCAUUUUUUAAUGAUGUUUUCUUUGAUAUUCUUACUGUUACAGCAUAUUCAUAUCUUGUGAAUGCUUGUAACUUCACUCUGUUCAUGGUUCGGUUCCUCUUCAUUUCAUGGGGCAAAUUGCCUGAGGAUGCGGAUAGCAAAAUAUGUAACAAAAUGAUAGAUUAUAGAGAAGAAAUCAAUUGAUAUGUUGCUGCUGGUGCCUUC